UCCUGGGAGGAGAGGACAGGAAUAGCUCCGCUAUCGGAUGCCUGCCGCAGGGGCCGCGGCCGCGCUCCUCUGUCGCUAUCUUUUCGGGGCUGACAUUUGAGCCCAGCCCUCCCUGGUGUGCUGGGGCCACCCUCCAUCACCCGACUCCUGCGUCCUUCCCUCCGGCACGGCCGGGGACAGGCAGCAGGAUGGCAGGCGGGCGGCGGCGUGGGGGUGGACGGCGUGGGGGACCCCAGCAGCAGCUGAAGAACCGCGAACCCACCCCCUCGCCUGCACCCCUCUCUCCCCCAGCUGCUGUGGUCCAGCAAAAGGCAGGAGCUCCUCCCAAAACCAGCCCCCCCAAGAAGCCCACGGAGGAGCCAGUGGCCAGAGCACCCGACGUGGACUCGCUGGGUUUCCAGGCCAUGGACCGCAACGUGCCAGGGCUGUCCCACGUCAUCCUCCAGAAGCUCAAUAUGAAGAGCUACGAGGACUACAAGUCUGCCAUGGACGGGAGGAAGAGAGGCAGCGAUUUUGGCAUUCGGACAUACUUUGACAUGUUCCAGAAGAUGGAGGACACCUUCAAGUUCUGCGCUGAGUGCAAGAAGCUCCCUGAUGCCCUUCCUGACCCCAAAAGCCUCCGGCGAUGCAAGAGGUGCCAGAACGUGUACUACUGCAGCGUGGUGUGCCAGCGUGCCAACUGGCCGCUGCACAAGAAGUUCUGCAAGAAGCUGAAGCUGGUGGCCCUGGAUCGGCUGGUGGAGUGGCUCGUCUUCACAGGAGACAUCCCCUUCCCCACGGAGCCCUGGACAAAGCCCGCCGGGGAGGUGAAGGGCUGGCAGGACUGGUUCUGCAUGCAGGGGCAGCUGGAGGAGAAGCUGGGCAGCAUCGUGGGCGGGCGCUACAUGAACCUGCUGUGGGCCAACGCCGGCAAGCCGCGGCCGGAGGAGCGGGAGCUGCGCGACUCCGUCCGCCGCCUGGUCACCGACUUCCACUCGCGGCCCCUCACCCUCGGCCUGGCGCUUCGCCUCUUUGGCAUCAGCCCCUUCGCCAAGGCCCUCACCGUGCACGUGGUGGGGGCAUCCCACGUGGAGACCCUCAACACCCGCCUGACAGACUACGACGAGCUGACGAGGAUGUUCCCGGGGCACCGGGGAGUGGAGGUGGUGAUGGUGGGUGUGGAUGUGGUGGAUGGACCCAUCAUGAGGCCACCGCUGGCUGUGCCAGCACCCCCGGGAGAGGUCUACCUCAGCAGCUACAAGGGGCUCUACCACGACUUCUGGGAAAGCCACGUGGAGACCAAGCUGGCUGUCCGCCCUGACCUGGUAGUGGGAUUUCACCCAGGUUUCCACGCCUGCCCAGACCUGCUGGCAGGCUGGCUGCCCACCCUGCUGCUGCUGCGGGACUACCGCCUGCCCGUCCUCUUCACCGUCUACAGUGAGCAGGAACUGAAGGCCUCCCUGCAGAUCCUGGUGGAGCUCGAGAUGCACAUCGUGGGCUUUUCCGCCAACCCCUUUGCCUCGCUGCGGCCCGAGCAGGUCUACUCCAGCCCAAAUAAGGCCCCGGUCUACUGCAGCUCCCACUUCAUUGCCCUGCUUGGGCUGGCAGCAUCAGCUGUGCCAGGCACUGAGGAGCUGGAGGAGGAUGAUGGUUGGCAGGGAGGGGAUGCCAGUGCCACUGGUGUGGCUGGGGGCAUCACCUCAGGGUUGGGCUGACCUCAUGCAGCCAGCAAUGCCCAUGCAACCCACACCCCAGGAUCCAGUCCUCCCAGAGUGGGUC